CCGCUUCUUGUAAUGCGCAUGCGCCGUGCGCCGCUCAUUGUUAGCAAAGAUGGCGUUGAGUAAAACGUUUGGACAAAAACCAAUAAAAUUUCAACUUGAGCAAGAUGGGGACUUUUACAUGAUCGGUUCAGAGGUAGGCAACUAUCUUCGUAUGUUCAGAGGCUCUCUCUAUAAACGGUACCCGUCGUUAACGAGACGACUCGCAUCUGUGGAGGAGAGGAAGAAGAUUGUAGCAUCAUCACACGCCACCAGUGUGACCCUGCUGAAGGCAUCCGAGUGUGAGGAAAUCUUUGAUGGAAACGAUGAGAAGUACAAGGCCGUGUCCAUCAGCACAGAACCACCGGCGUACCUCAGGGAACAGAAGGCAAAGAGAAGCAGUCAGUGGGUGCCCACAUUACCAAACAGCUCCCAUCACUUGGAUGCAGUGCCUUGUUCAACCACCAUCAACAGAAAUCGAAUGGGACGUGACAAAAAAAGAACCUUUCCGUUAUGUUUUGAUGACCAUGACCCUGCAGUUAUCCAUGAAAAUGCUUCCCAGCCUGAGGUCCUGGUGCCCAUCCGCCUGGAUAUGGAGAUCGAUGGGCAGAAACUCAGAGAUGCCUUUACCUGGAACAUGAAUGAGAAGCUCAUGACACCGGAGAUGUUUGCUGAGAUCUUGUGUGAUGACUUGGACCUGAACCCUCUCACUUUCGUCCCUGCCAUCGCCUCUGCCAUAAGGCAGCAGAUCGAGUCCUAUCCCACUGACAGCAUUCUGGAUGAGCAGUCGGACCAGAGGGUCAUUAUCAAGCUUAACAUCCACGUGGGGAACAUCUCUCUCGUGGACCAGUUCGAGUGGGACAUGUCAGAGAAGGAGAACUCACCGGAAACAUUUGCUUUGAAGCUCUGCUCUGAGCUGGGUCUCGGAGGAGAGUUCGUCACCACCAUCGCCUACAGUAUCCGAGGACAGCUCAGCUGGCACCAGAGGACGUACGCCUUCAGUGAGAACCCAUUACCAACGGUAGAGAUUGGCAUUCGAAACACAGGCGAUGCCGACCAGUGGUGUCCUCUGUUGGAGACUCUGACAGAUGCGGAGAUGGAGAAGAAAAUCAGAGAUCAGGACAGAAAUACAAGGCGCAUGCGACGACUUGCCAACACCGCCCCCGCCUGGUAGAGAAAGGGCAUUACUGGUUCUGCCACUCGAUAAGCUUACAGUCUAUAAAAGAGCCUCAGGGUUGCUGGAGGCUUUUGCACAGACGCACACAUCCUAGAUAACAUUCCUCUGGCCUUCUGAUCACCUCAUCCCUCAACAGCAUUACACUCCAAACACUGGGCCUUUGCUCACACGAGCAGUUUGGACUUCACUGAUCAUGGGUCAGAUCUUAAUAGUUUGCCUGUCACUGCAAUUUCUCUGGACUCCAGUUACAAAUAGACUGUUAAUUUACUCUGGUUACAAGAACAGGGCAAUAUUGCAAAUGUUUGAAUGAGUAUUGUGUUUUUCGUCAAAGGUGCUAAUACUGCAUACUAUAAACUUGACUUGCUUUUUUAAAAAAUAAAUGAAAUUACAAAUUGUAA